AUGAUCGGUCGGACGGGAAGGGCUGGUCGUAAAGGAAAAGCGAUCACAUUUUUCACUGAGAAAGAUAGCGAUAAAUUGCGAUCCAUUGCUAAUGUGAUGCGACGGUCCGGUUGUGAUGUCCCGCAGUUUAUGCUCGAACUCAACAAAAGAAAACGAAAAAAACAAAAUAAUAAAUCAAAAGACAAGAAAUCUAAAAAACAUAAGACAGACGAAAGCGAUGAUAACGAUAUCGAAAGCGAUUAG